UGGGAAACAACACAGAUGUAGAGAAGCCAUUAUCCAAUCAUUGAUGAGAGUUACCAAGAAUUGUGAUUGAGGACAGUAUUUAAAUCUUACCCAUGACAUUCAGAGUUCUAUCUUCUCCACAAUGAAGGGGUUGCUAGUCCUGUUUGCUUUAGUGGUGGCUGCCUCCAGCAUGGAGGAUUUCGUGGGGUAAGUAGAACAUUGGAAUCAAAAGUUUCUUUUAAUCUUAAUAUGUUACAAAGUAUGCUGUAUGAUAUUUAAUAAAUAUGUAUAGACUUAUUUGGAAACCCCUUUUCCCAUAGCCUCAAAACUGGCAGCAGGUUGAAACACUAUUUUACCCACCACUCACUGUAUUUUCCAUGUCCUUCCUACAUUUUCACAUUUACUAAAGGAUUUUUGCUGGAAGAUGAAUCCAAAUGCUUACCAUCAUAUGUUUAAGAGAAAAAUAUACCUAUAGCAACUAAUGUCUGCUUCUGUUUGUUGAUCAACACAGUGGACAAUUUCAUAUUCUUUUUGACAAAUAUCACAUAGGUCAUUUUACAAGAUUAUGCAGAUUUUUGAGGCCAUUCUGAUACAGGUAUCAGAGCCAUAAGCUUUCAGUUUGUUGAAUAAACAGACACACAUCAAGAAAUAUGAGUGCUCUGCAACAGAUGUAAUAAAAAGUAAGCAUUAUAAUGCAGUUUGGAAUAGCUCAAACUGCUCCAUGCUAAGACAUAAAAGGAACCCCAUGUAGUCAGUCUAUGUCAGUUAGCCAUAUCUCACUACAUUACUUUGUUGCAUCCCUAACAGCUACAUUUGUUGUUUUAUUCAAUAAGAAAUUAACCCUCUUGUAUGUAAAUGAGUUGUUGAUUUUUUUUUCUUAUAUAGACAGCAAGUCCUCCGAGUCCUCCCUGCUGAUGAGGAACAAGUUAACUUGGUGCGAGAAUUGGAAAAUCUGGAACAUCUGAAGGUACACAUGUAUUGUGAAUCAUUCAUUCUACAUAUUAGCAUCUGCUUUCCCAGUUUUUAGUUUAAAAAAUAGGAACAGACGAAACUCCCUUCCUGAAAAGGAAAAAUUCAAUGAAUUUGGCACUUUUUACUUCUCCAUGACAAAAAUUAUUUAUUUGCUUAACUAUUUUUUAUUUAACUUUUUCUAACAUAUAUUGGCUCCUGAGAGGAAACCUGCAUAAUGAGAAUGGAUGUUCCUGAAUACCAAAAAAAUCUUUUUCUACAUUGAAAACAAUUUGGUAGAAAACCAAACCUGAAUUCUUAAUAAUAAAAUAACUGUUUAGAGUAUCAAUAUAGGUUCCCAUAUAUAUUAAAUAGCUUUAGGAUUUACAACACUAAUUAUAAAAUAAAUGUAUCACUUUAAAUUGCAAUACUGAAUUAGAAGCUAGUUGAGUAUAGUUAUACUAUUACAUAUCAUAGCAGUAAUCCAGUCCAAGGGUGAAUUUAAUGUAUUCAAUUUUGCUUGUCUACACAUACAAAUAGAUCUUCUUGUAUCAGCAAUAAGAAAUCUCCCAUCGCACUGCAAAUAACAAAGAUUGAUAACAAAAUGAGAGACCUUUUUUUUUUUUUUUUAGCAAAUUGGACCUACAGCGGAUUUAUUGCGCACCCUUAUAAACUGAAUAAUAUCAAAAAGCAUUGUUUUGUAAUUAAUUUCUUUUGAAGAGUUUAAAGGACCACUAUAAUGCCAGGAAAGCAUACUCGUUUUCCUGGCACUAUAGUGCAUUGAGGGUGCCCCCACUCCCGCUUAAGGGGGAGGAUGGGGUUAAUCCCUUACCCUUUUUCCAGCGCCAGGCUCCCUCGGCGCUGGGACUCUCCUCCCUCUUCUGACGUCCCUGGCUGAAUGCGCAUGCGCGGCAAGAGUCGCUCGCGCAUUCAGUCAGUCUCAUAGGAAAGCAUUCUAAAUGCUUUCCUAUGGACGCUGGCGUCUUCUCACUGUGAAAAUCACAGUGAGAAGCGCGGAAGUGCCUCUAGCGGCUGUCAAUGAGACAGCCACUACAGGCUGGAUUAACCCAUUUGUAAACAUAGCAGUUUCUCUGCAACUGCUAUGUUUACAGCAAAAAGGGUUAAACCUAGCUGGACCUGGCACCCAGACCACUUCAUUGAACAUGUAAGAUAUUGGUAUUAAAAAAUGCUAUUUAUGAGUAUGAGUAACUCUAAUUUAGAGAACAAUUAGUAUAAUUAGUUUACUAUAUAUGUUAACAUGUUAUGUUAGAAACUAGGCAUACCAAAUUUCCAGAAGGCUGAAAAUGGAUACAUACAGCCCAAGUAUGGGAAUUCAGCUGAGGAUAAUCCCAUAGAUAUUUUAUCUCUUUCAGUUACCAGUUUAUUGCUAUCUUUCCUGGAGAAAUUGAUAGAACAUGCUCUUAUCAUUAUCUCGCACUCACCAAAUUGGUUUAUACCAUUAACAUAUCUUUGUUGUUUUUCAGAUUGAUUUCUGGAGAGGGCCCACAACUUUCUUCUACCCCGUUGAUAUUCGUGUGCCAUUCGCCAGCUUGCAGGCUGUUAAAGUCUACCUGGAAUCUAACAACAUCCAAUACUCCAUCAUGAUCCAUGACCUGCAGGUAAAUGAAAUAUGGGACUGUGGGUUAUGAUCAUAGGUAAAGGUCAGCUUAUGCACAGUUCUACCUGUAAAUCUAGAACAUUGCUCAGUGUGUGUCUAAAUUAGAUUGAGGACUUGUAAAGGAAAAUUAUUAAUCAUAAUAUAUAAAACAUGAGAACAUAAUUUAUAAUAUGUAAAAUAUCGGGAAUUAAGUAUAUGUAAUGCUACAAUGUGCAUUUCUAAAAAAUAUAAAGAAAAUGAAAUCAUACAUAUGAACAAGUCAGUACACCUAAUGUUCCCAAUUUCCUACUACUACUAUUUAAUUUACGUUUUGUCUUUUAGUGUGUGUGCGCGUGUGUGCUCGUGUUUAAUUAGUAUAAAUAUGUACGCUCGACUCAGCUCUUUAAAUAGGGAUUUAAAUCCCCCAGUUGUACAACUAGAGACUCACAGACUCAGGUAUCAGUUGAUACUUUGGGCUCCCCUAUAUAAGCUAGAGCCAGAUGACAAAUGAGCUGCAUGCUGUGAUCAAAGCGAGCACGGCAUGCAACUCUUUUAAUGGAGAUUUAAAUCCUCAUUGGCAGGAAUAGGGUGUGAGCAUGGUUAAAUCCUCGGAACACACCAACGAGAUCCAGGUAUCAGUCGAUACCUUGAUAUUUUUCUUUAUCAUCUAGGGACACAAAAAUAAAUAUUAAUGCCACAAACUUUGAAAAAAAAAAAGGUAACUCAAUAAAGCUCUAAAUAUAUAAUACGAGAGUCAGCGUGUUGUCCACUUUUGCAAAUCAUAUGCAUUUAUGGAGUCAUUUAAAUAAGUGAGUUACUAAAAUGCCCCAAGAUGCAAUGAUGUGUUUAGUGAUUAGUGCAAUUAGUGAUUUUUAUUACAGUAGCAAACAUCAUGUUUAGAGCAUAAUCAGCUAAACUGUAAUGUGCAUGUUAAAAACAGUGAAAAUAAAAUACCAUCACAUUUGAAACACAUAAGGUUCAAAAUAUACUAUAUGACAUACUCCAUGUUGUCUACAUUCACUAAUGGUAUGCAUUUAUUAGGUCAUUUUAACUGUCAAACUGCUACAGUGCCCCACAGUGGCCUUCUGAGGAGUGACCACUAGAUGUGUUUCUAGGCUGCAAUUUCUCUGAAAAGGCUGUGUUUACAUUAAAUGCCUGCAGGGAUUGACUAUACUCACCGGAACAACUAGAUUUGCUGUAUUUGUUUUGGUGACUAUAAAGUCCCUCUAAAGUCCAUUAUGUCUUUUUAAAAACAGUAUAUAAUAUGUGUUGGUGCAACUAAUGAAAAUAAAGUUUAAAAUUGCAGUUGAACAUACACAUAGCAAAAAAUAUUUGUGUCCUUAAGUAGACAACAAGUCUAAUAGUAAGUGUGAAAUAAGUUUCCCAGCAAAUUCAUAUAGUAAGUGUAGUUGUAAUUAACAUGUGAAGAUCUGAUAUUUUCAGUGUGAUAGUAACCAUCGCAUGUGAUGCCCGCAGUCAAUUAGGAUCUGAGAUUUGUACAGCAGAGCUGAUAAUUUACUAUCAGAGUCCUUUUAAAGGCAGAGAUACAUGUACAAUUAUGGGACAAAUCAAUACAGACUUCUUUUAGUAAUAUUAAUAAUUUGCACUUUGUUAUGCCUCUAAUCAUGCUCCCCUUCUUCUCCUUCCAGUGUGUUUCCCUACAUAUUAUUGCACCAUGGGUUGCUCAUUCCCUUGGUAACAAUGUUUUUGCUCAGACUAUUAAUAUUAGCUUUGUAUGGUAUGUUUCCUGUAGAGUAUGCUGGAUGAGGAGCAGAGAGAUAUGAGAAUUGGACGUUCCAUGGAGAAUUCACGUUCCACUGCCUCCUUUAACUUUGCUGUUUACCAUACAUUUGAUGAGGUAUCAUGAACCACAUUCAGUAUGAUUAUUUUGUAUUUAUGAUCACUCCGGAAGAGUGUAGUGAAUAAUGUCCUUUUUUAAUCCUAAGCAAAAUUAAAUUUUAGUGGCACUAUCUAGACUGUGGAAAACAAAAGCUAAGCUCACUUAAUACUAGCUUGUAGAUCCCAACAGUAAGACAUAUGAUAUUUUAAAUAUUUAUACAUCUAAUGACGCUGCAAUGUAGAUGUCUGUCGGUAGUACAGGAAUAAAUAAAAUGAAAAAGAAUAUGUGUACCUAGUGGGUACAUGGAGUAGAAACACGUUUCAAGAAUGUACUGUGCUGAUUUUCAUUUGAACUGUAUUGGUUCCAUCCCACAGAUUAACAACUUUAUUGACAAUCUGGUGGCUGAAAACCCAGGCUUUGUGAGCAAAGUUGUCAUUGGCAAGAGCUAUGAAGGUCGCCCACUUAAUGUCCUGAAGGUAAGGUGUAGUUUAUUUAUCCUCAUUCCAGACCCAUAAAUCACUUCAACUUAAUGAAGUACAUUAUGUGUGAAGAGAUUUAGAUAGAAAUUGGCACUUUUAUAAAUGAAUCUUGUUAUAUCCUCAUGGCUGUUAAUCAGAUAACCGGUCCUUUUAGUUUUUGCUAUAGGGAUUUCUCAUUGAGCUGCAUUGGGAAGUCUGUGAUUGGACAGCCACAGAAAGUCUGGGCGGGGUACACGGAGAAGACUUACAAAGGCUGCAUAGAAUAGAUCUGCAGCAUUUGUAAGCUGUUUUAGAUAUACCUUAAAGAAAAAAAAUCCAUAUUAAAUGCAUGCAUUAUUUGAUUGGUGAUAUAUAUAUACUAUGAGAGAUUUUCUUUCUUUUUCUUUUUGUUAUAUUUGGGAAGUGUCCCUUUAACCUUCUGAAAUCUAUAUUUGCGUGCGUGCGUGUGUGUAUUGCUAUCAACUCAUAACCCAAUACCUUUUUUAUAGUGUAUUGUGUGUUGUCCUGUUUGUGAUAGCAUUAUGUGUGUUUUGUUUUUAGAAACUGUUUCAGAUACCAUUGCUAAUGAAUACUGAAUAUUAACUUUUAUCAUCUUUAUUAGUUCAGCACAGGAUCAAACCGCCCAGCUUUCUGGAUUGACACCGGCAUUCAUUCUCGUGAGUGGGUCACUCAGGCCAGUGGACUUUGGUUUGCAAAAAAGGUAUGAGAUUAUCAGUUACAAUUCAACUGUGGCUAGCCUAGCAACAAACAGGUAUAUCAACUCAUAUUGGAAAACCAUUAAUGACAAAGGAGAAAUUAGUAGGUCAAAAAUAAUUGUCACUCUGAGUUCAAUAUUCAGUGUGAUUGUAUUGAACAUUAAGUAACUCCAGCUCUACUGGAAAAUGGAUUACAUGGUACAGUCAUUCCUCUACUUGGUUGCCUUUCAUUCACAAAUGUUACAAAGUAUUUGAGUGGUCAUUCAUCCAAAAACAGACCAACUUCAAAACACAUCAAUGACUUUUCCUGCAUCUGUUUUGAGAAGAAAUGAAUGGCGCCUCAUUGUGUUACAUAAUCUUUUUUACAGAUUGUUACCGAUUAUGGUCGUGAUGCAUCAUUGACUAACACCCUGAAUAAACUGGAUAUCUUUUUGGAAAUUGUGACAAACCCUGAUGGCUUUGUCUACACUCACACAAGGGUAAUUUAUUUAAUUUAAGAUUAUUAUAGGAGUUUUUGGUACCUAGCUUUCAUUUCUGUGUCAAGCGUAGGGGAGGUGGGAAGUCGCACCUGGUGAACCCCAGGUACAAACCAUUGUAAAAUGGUGUGACUACUAAAAAUUGGGGGUGGUCAUGGAAUUUGCAUGUGGUUAUUGUAUGUGCAAUGUUCAUUUAAUGUGUCAGCUUUUUGUAAGUAUACCUAUGAAAACGCUGUAAGAAAUAUAACAUAUCAUCAAAUUAGACUCCUCCUUUAAAGAAACAAUGACAUAGAGCUAAACUCUAGGACAGAAUGUUGUAAGACAAGCAAGGUAGACUUUUCACUGCAAAAUGACAAAUCUUAACUACUACUCUGUUUUGUAAAGUGUGCAGAAAUAUUUUUCUUAUUCGUUUCUCACACAGACAAGUAAUCUACAUUGAAAAUAAAACAGUACAACUAAAUAAGUUGCAAUUACCACAAUAUUUAAUUAUUCCAUAAUACUCUGAUGUCUUAUCUGCACUAAGCAACAGGUAAACACAUCUAUUUGAUAAAUAUGAGAAUCAGUUUAACAGGCGAUAUAAACAUUACAGGACCGUAUGUGGCGUAAAACCAGAUCUCCAAACACUGGCUCAACCUGCAUUGGUACAGACCCCAACAGAAACUGGGAUGCUGGUUUUGGAGGUAACACUAUUUUUUAAAUGCAUUUUUAUUUUUUUUAUUUUGUGCAAUUAAUAAAUCAUGUGUUCUACUCUGUGAAACUAUUAUUAUAACCUCCAAUUCACAAUCAAAUGUUCUGAAUGCAUAGCUUUGAUAUGCUUUAAGUUAUGGAUAAUUAGUUAAAAGAAUAUGGCAAGUGGAGAAAACAAAAUUCUAAAAAUGCUGGAGACUGUUACAAAUGGAAACACUAACAUUAGAAAUACAAACAUGUAUUCUUAAUGUUGGAGUGUUUUAUUGUCUAUUUUGAUUAUUUGCCCUCCUCCCCCACUCUCCCCUUAAAGGGACACUAUAGUCACCUGAUCAACUUCAGCUUAAUUAGGUUGUUCAGGUGAGAACUAUAGCUCCCUGGAGCCUCUCAUGUAAACACUGUAUUUUCUGAGACACUGCCACAUAGUUAAACUGAACACCUCCAGUUGCAGUCACUCAGAGUGAACCAGAGGGACUUCGGAGUUGAUGGAGGCAUAUUAUGCCUCCAUCCACUCAGAUCUGCUGUCAGCAGAGCACAGGGCAGCACUGUGCACAACAUCCUGUGAUUCAGUAUCUCCUCCCUCUGCAUGAAGACACUGAACUUUCCUCAUAGAGAUUCAUUGAUUCAAUUCAUCUCUAUGAGGAGAUGUUGAUUGUCCAGGGCUGUGUUUGAAUCGUGCUAGCUCUGCCCCUGAUCUGCCUCUUUGUCAGUCUCAGCCAAUCCUAAGGGGAAGCACUGUGAUUGGAUCAGGCUACCACAUGUCAGCAGACUGCUUGUUUUUCUGAGUCUAACAGCAUGCAGAUUUACAGCUUCAGACUUGAAUACAGUAAGAUUUUUACUAUAUUUAUGGAGGCAUGAGGGGCCCAGGGGGGCUAGAUGUUGGUGUUAACACUAUAGAGUCAGGAAUACAUGUUUGUGUUCCUGACCCUGUAGUGAUCCUUUAACAAGUAAAAUAAAGUUUACUUACCGUUUAGUUCCCUAUUCGCAUGUCUCAACUUUACAGACAGUUUCAGCCAAUCCAAUGCUUUCAUAAGCUUCUUCCCAUGCACAGCAAUUGCUGUACUGUGCCAAUCAGCAUCUCUUCAAAGAGAUGAAUUGCCUCAAUGCAUCUCUGAAGGGAGCAUUUAACAUCUUCAUGCAAAGACUGGAAGACUGCUCCCAGGGCAAUUGGUGGCUGUCUGAGUGGCUUCAAAUUUGAUUUCUACAAGAUCACAUGUUAAGACUGCAUUUCUCAGGAAAGGCAAUGUUUACAAUUGUAACAAUGCAGUGACAGCCUCCUUGCACCAGAGCCAUUACACUACACAGUAAUGAUUAUGUUGCUUAGAGUGUCCCUUUAAGUAGAGAGGAUAUUCCUGCCUAGGAGAAUACUUUAAAUGAUAAUGUGAGAAAAGCCUCUCAUAUAUACAAUCUCUAUGUUGUAAACUACGAUGAAAAAGUUUAACUUUCCCUCUGUCAAAGGAAGAAAUUAUAAUUCCAGAUCUUGAUGUAAAUAUGUUCAAAUGUUGUGAUAUGCUAUGAAAGAUUUACAUAUUAAACAUAACUCUUGGCAUGAUUACUAGAGAUUUACACGGGGGAAAAAUAGUUUUUUUUCGUUAAUUUUCUAAUUUCCGUUCAUCUAAAUCCAGAAAAUAUUAAUUAGGAGGAACCCAAUUUUGCCCAAAGAGUUUGUUAUUUUUUUAAAAUUUGGACACCCACUAUUCCCUAUAAGGAAUGAAUGAAGAUGGCAAUCAAAAAGUGACAAAUAUUCGAUAUGGUAUGAAUCUCUCACUAGACAGAUUAUCUGUUGUGGUAUCUGUCACAAGAAGAAAGAAAGAAAGAAAGAAAGACAUGCAAGAGUUUAAUUAUGCAUUUCUUCAUUGAGAGUGUAGCUAAAAAUAGCUAGAAAAGCUGCAGAUCUAUUGUCUGCAGCCUUUUCAAAUCCCCCCUUGACCCCUUCAUCCACAGCCCAGUCUUCCUGUGGCUGUCCAAUCACAGAUUUCUCAAUGCAGUUCAACGAGAAGCCCUUGCAAGACUGGCUCUUGAGUUUGGCUCCACUAAGCUAACCAAACCAGGAAGCAACAAGCUUGGUUGUAUGAUUGACAGCCAAGGUAAAUUUAUAAGUGUGAAUUUCUAUUGAAAUUUCCACUGUUUGUGCAAUGAAAAAAAGAGUACACAUUCUUCAAACAUAAAGCACUUCAGCAAGCUGAAAUGGUUUAAAGGUCUACAGCAGGCAUAGGCAACCUUUGGCACUGCAGAUGUUUUGGACUACACCUCCCAUGAUGCUUUGCCAGAGCUUUGUAAGAGCAUUAUGGGAGAUGAAGUCCACAACAUCUGGAGUGCCGAAGGUUGCCUAUCCCUGGUCUAGAGUGUCCCUUUAAGUUUGCUACUUUUGAUUAGAUGUUUAUCACACAAAAAUUAUUUUGUCACUGGGCAUAAUGAAUAUAUGUAAAUUAUAUACAUAUGUGAUAGAAUUUAAAAUAAGUAUGCUGUACAUUGUGAAAUUAAUUGUGAAUGUAAACAUUCUUUUCUCUGGUUCUGUAGGUGGUGGAUCUAGCGCCAAUGCUUGCUCUGAUACCUACAGAGGACGUGCUGCCCACUCUGAGUCCGAGGUGAAAGCUAUUGUGGACUUUGUGAAGAGUCAUGGCAAAAUCAAGGGCUUUGUUUCUAUUCACAGUUAUUCUCAGAUGCUGCUCUACCCAUAUGGAUACACCACUGCCCGUGCAGCACACUAUGCAGAGCUGGUAAAAUACUGAUACACUGUGCUAUCAGUGAAUUACUUCUGAAUUGGUUGGGCCUAUUGCUAUAAAGUUUAUUCUGUGUAUCUUUUUUUUUUCACUAGGAUAGUGUGUCUAGAAGUGCAGUCAACGCCUUGGCCUCACUCUAUGGUACACAGUAUACAUAUGGAAGCAUCAUCACCACCAUCUGUAAGUUUCUCUGUGACAAUAAACUUUGAUUAUGGCGAUCUCUCUAAAGGGUUGCUGUAAGCACCAUAACCAUUUCAGAUUGUUACCAUUGGAAAUGGUACAAAGACCCUGUCUGUGUAAUGUUUCUGCUAGAAUUACUGCCAGUAAUAAGAUUUUCUUUCCAUUUCCCCUGGUUCCUGUCAAUCAUUCUGCAAAAAAUGUUUGUUCCAGGCUGAAUACAUUAAUUUUCUUUCCAUUGCGUAGCUCUGCCUCUGGAUUCUGUCAAUCAUUCAGCAAGAAACUUUUGUUCCAGGCUGAUUAUAAAAAAUGAAUACAAGGGCUGAGCUCUCUUUACUCCUAGAAUGUAUAGUGUGCCACUCUACCCACUAAAGAUUGAACUGACCUGUGAUAUAAACUUAUAGCAGCCACAGUACUAGCAAUUUACAGAGCUCAUAAAAGCUGCUGAUAAAAGUCUCUUCCUGGUGGGGGAAGUCAGCUAGCAGCUUCAGGCAGACCCACUAGACUGUGCACCAACUGAAACUUCAAAGAUCAAUAGCAUUUUUUACUUUUCUAAAUUUUAUGUUUUGUAUUUUAAUACAUUUAUAAAGCAUUAAAAUGGAGUAUCAUUUCAUGUUAUAGUUUGACCUUUAAAAUGGUAGGCGAGUGUCAUCCUAUAUGUAUUUUUUAAAUUAAGCAUUGUAGAUAAAAGAAAUUGAUACAUAAUGGUUUUAAAACUUUCAUACAUUUAAAACAAUAAUGUUCAUUUGAUUUUAUUUGCAUUUAAAUUUAUGAUUCUAACUGAUGAAGUUUGAUUAAAUGUCACGCAUGGGUUUGUGAUUUUCAAAAUUAUAUUUGUUUUCAAAUAUAGAUCAAGCCAGUGGUGGAACCGUUGACUGGACCUACAAUCAGGGCAUCAGGUAUUCCUUUACCUUUGAGCUUCGUGACACAGGCCGUUAUGGAUUCAUUCUUCCAGCUAGUCAGAUCGUUCCUACUGCAGAGGAGACAUGGCUGGCCCUCACUAAGCUCAUUGAGCACACUCGUGACAACCUCUACUAAACAAUUCACUUAUUUGUAUUAAUAAAGGUUAUUUACAUUCAACAUCUUCAGUUGCACAGAUCAUUUUUAUUAGUUCCUUGAGUAACAUAGUGUUG